AAUUGAAUCAAAUAAUGAAAUGAAUGUAAUAUCUGCGUGGAAAGCGUUCGAUAUAAAAAACUGCAUAGACUGCAUUAGUUUCUCUGUAAGAGAAAUUAAGAAAACCACUACAAAUAGGUGCUGGAAAAACCUGUGGGCGGAUGUAGCGGUAAUGCAUACUGAGAAUGAGACAUUAUCUGAAUAUGCCGAUAUUUUCCAAGUUUCCCACACGAUCGGAGGAGAAGGAUUCCACGAUAUAACUAUUGAAAAUAUCAAUGAACUUUUCGAAAAUGUUGUUAUUUCCGAUGAUGAGAUUUUGCAAAGUUUUGCAGAAAACUAUUGUAAUGACAACAAAGAGAAUGAGGAGGACAGGGAAGAAGAUUCGAGCGCUGCUGGCCUUAGUGCAUCUUUGAUCCAAAAUGGGUUAAACAUAGCGAUGGAAUUAGAAAAUCAUUUCCUCAACUUGGACCCAAACACGGAACGGUCUGCCAGAUUCCAGCGCCAAUUAAAUGAAGCAGUAGAAUGCUACCGUGAGCUGUAUGAAGAAGUAAAAGCAAAGAAGACGCAGCGAUUAAUGACUGAUUUUUUUAAACCUUAAACGUAUUUUAUAUUAUAUCCAUUUUGUUAACAUUCCCAGAAUACUUUUUAUUUUUUCCUUUUAAAAGUAAUACAUAUGUAAAUAAUACUAUGAAAAUCUACAAUGUUUUAAUUGUGUAAGUUCUCACUGCACAAAUAGAUAGAUUCUUUUUUACACGUUUGCCUUUUUUACAAGAUUUAUUUCGUAAAUUGGUCUUUAUAGAAAGUUUUAUAUUAAAAUCUGUCUAUUUUUGCACGUUUUUUUUGUGCACGGGUAAUUUACUGUCCCAGUUAACCGUGCAAAAAGGAGAUCAAUUGUAUAGUAAAAGAAAUUUUAAUCAACAUUAAAUAUGACAUUAAAUGGGCCAAAACUAAAAUAUUAAACUCUAUGCUAUUAAACAAAAAUUAAAUUAAAAGCGUAAUAGAAAAGCUUAAAAAAGAAAGCAUACCAAUUUUGAUUAUAGAAGAGCCAUUAGAACAUGCCGAAAAAAAUAUUUUGAGCAAUAUUGCAACACUAUUAUAUAUCGUUAAAAUACUUUUAACUGAAAAAAUUACAACAGUAUAAGAAAUGCAGCCAGGCUUAAUACUUUCAAA